ACGAGACAACCACCAUGAACGCUCUCUCUGCCCUGGUUCUUCUUGCCGUCGCCUACGGCGCCCAUGCCGGUGGCGUUGCCCUCGGCGGUUAUGGCCUUGGCCUCGGCCACGGCUACGGUGGCUUCGGCUACGGAGGUCUCGGCCACGGAGGAUACGGAGGUCACGGAGGCUACGCUGUCGCUGCUCCAGUCGCCGUCGCUGCCCCAGUCGCCAAGGUUGCCGUCUCCGCCCCCGCUCGCUCCUUCACCUAUCGUAGCGACAGCUUCGGCCCCGCACACGCCGUCAGCAGGCCAGUUGCCGUCGGACACGGCUACGGCGGUUAUGGUGGCGGAUAUGGUCUCGGAGGCUACGGAGGCUACGGAGGCUACGGACACGGCGCGGCUGUUGUCGCUGCUCCCGCUGUCGCUAAGGUCGCUGUCGCUGCCGCCCCAGUCGUGGCCGUCGGCCACGGAGGCUACGGCGGAUAUGGCGGAUACGGCCUCGGAGGCUUCGGAGGCUACGGACACGGAGGCUACGGAGGCUAUGGACACGGCGCCGCUGUUGUCGCUGCUCCUGCUGUCGCCAAGGUCGGCGUCGCCGCUGCCCCAGUCGCCGUCGCUGCCGCCCCAGUCGUUGCCGUCGGCCACGGAGGUUACGGUGGUUACGGACACGGCGGCUACGGUCUCGGUCUUGGUUACGGCCACGGAUACGGAAAGUACUAAACUAGACAACAGCCACGUGCAAGCUGGGACCUUCUGGAACUUGCAGGCAAAAGUUCCCCGAAGCGACCUCGAGCUCUCGGUAUGGGAUGACGGAGCUCGGAGUGUGAACACAACCACGGACGUCAUCGUUCCAGCGCUCCACCGCAUCCCCCUUCCCCAAA